AUGCAGUUUUCAAAGAAGAUCUCUAUACCUAACCCUGUUUAUUCGGAGCCUACAGUGUCAAGGUCUACUCUGGAAGUUACAUGUGGUGAGAAGAGGAGUUUUGAGGGUAAGGAUGUUGAAGAUAUUUCGAAGAAGCCUAAGGGUUCCAACAAAGAUGAGGUGAGCUUAAGAAGGUUCAGGGGUUUCGAAGUAGAGGAUGUUAAUUCAAAGAAGAUAAAGGGUUCCACAUAA